GUACAGCUGUGACGAGUGUGGCAGAGCUUUUACUCGCAGUAGCAGCUUACAGAGUCAUCUAGUUACCCACUCUGGAAUUAAGGCAUACAGCUGUGACGAGUGUGGGAAGGAUUUUGCUAUGAAGGCUAACCUAAAACAGCAUCAGGUCAUCCACACUGGAGAGAGACCGUUCAGCUGUGACUUGUGUGGAAAGUCUUUUUCCACGAAGGAUUACCUAAAACAACACCAACUCAUCCACAGUGGAGUUAAAACAUACAGCUGUGACGAGUGUGGCAGAGCUUUUACUCGCAGUAGCAGCUUAAAGAUUCAUUUACUUAUCCACUCUGGAAUUAAGACAUACAGCUGUGAUCAGUGUGGAAAGUCUUUUUCCAGGAAGGAUCACCUAAAACAACACCAACUCAUCCACAGUGGAGUUAAAACAUACAGCUGUGACGAGUGUGGCAGAGCUUUUACUCGCAGUAGCCACUUACAGAGUCAUCUAGUUACCCACUCUGGAAUUAAGGCAUACAGCUGUGACUUGUGUGGAAAGUCUUUUUCCAGGAAGGAUCACCUAAAACAACACCAACUCAUCCACAGUGGAGUUAAAGCGUACAGCUGUGAUCAGUGUGGCAGAGCUUUUACUCACAGUAGCAGCUUAAAGAAUCAUUUACUUAUCCACUCUGGAAUUAAGGCAUACAGCUGUGACGAGUGUGGGAAGGAGUUUACUGAGAAGGCUAACCUAAAACUUCAUCAGGUCAUCCACACUGGAGAGAGACCGUUCAGCUGUGACUUGUGUGGAAAGUCUUUUUCCUUGAAGAGUUCCCUAAAAAAACACCAACUCAUCCACAGUGGAGUUAAAGCGUACAGCUGUGAUCAGUGUGGCAGAGCUUUUACUCACAGUAGCAGCUUAAAGAAUCAUUUACUUAUCCACUCUGGAAUUAAGGCAUACAGCUGUGACGAGUGUGGGAAGGAGUUUACUGAGAAGGCUAACCUAAAACUUCAUCAGGUCAUCCACACUGGAGAGAGACCGUUCAGCUGUGACUUGUGUGGAAAGUCUUUUUCCAGGAAGGGUUACCUAAAACAACACCAACUCAUCCACAGUGGAGUUAAAGCGUACAGCUGUGAUCAGUGUGGCAGAGCUUUUACUCACAGUAGCAGCUUACAGAGUCAUCUAGUUAACCACUCUGGAAUUAAGGCAUACAGCUGUGACGAGUGUGGGAAGGAGUUUGCUGUAAAGGCUAAACUAAAACAGCAUCAGGUCAUCCACACUGGAGAGAGACCGUUCAGCUGUGACUUGUGUGGAAAGUCUUUUUCCAGGAAGGAUUACCUAAAACAACACCAACUCAUCCACAGUGGAGUUAAAGCGUACAGCUGUGAUCAGUGUGGCAGAGCUUUUACUCACAGUGGCAGCUUACAGAGUCAUCUAGUUACCCACUCUGGAAUUAAGGCAUACAGCUGUGACGAGUGUGGGAAGGAGUUUGCUGUAAAGGCUAAACUAAAACAGCAUCAGGUCAUCCACACUGGAGAGAGACCGUUCAGCUGUGGCUUGUGUGGAAAGUCUUUUUCCAGGAAGUCUCACCUAAAACAACACCAACUCAUCCACAGUGGAGUUAAAGCGUACAGCUGUGAUCAGUGUGGCAGAGCUUUUACUCACAGUAGCAGCUUAAAGAAUCAUUUACUUACCCACUCUGGAAUUAAGGCAUACAGCUGUGACAUCUGUGGAAAAACUUUCAGCCAGAGAGGGCACCGAAAUACACACCUACGCAUUCACACCAGACAUGAUGUGUACUGCUGUGAACAAUGUAGCAAAGAGUUUACAACAGACGAAAAGUUACAACGACACAUGUUUACCCACACUGAGGGAAGACCUUAUAAAUGUGACCUGUGUGAGAAGACUUUUAAAACUCCACAUUACCUGAGACGACACCAACAGAUCCACACCAGAAAGAGACUCUACAAGUGCAGUUACUGUGAGAAGCAGAGCGACACAGAAGGAUCCAGUUCUCAACCCUGUCAUCACUGUGGUGGUGGGAAAGACUUUCGUUGUGACCUCUGUGGAAAAACUUUCAGUUGCCAAGCUGACCUAAAAACACAUCAACAUAGACACACUGGAGACAAACUGAAAUACUGCAAAGAAUGUGGGAGAAGCUUCACCACAUCACGUGACUUAAAACGACAUGAACUGAUUCACAGUGGGGUUAAAAAGCACCUCUGUGAUCAGUGUGGGUCAUCCUUCACCACUGCAGGUGACCUUAAAACGCACAAACGAGUCCACACAGGAGAGAAACCACACAAGCACACACAAGCACACAACGCUGUGAGCCAGAACAGCGAGAGAAAAAUCUGCAAACGCAACGAGCUGAAUGCUUAA